AACUAAAGAUAGAAGAACAAUAAUAGUGUGUGUAAUCAAUGCAAUGAGCCAAUAAAAAUGAAAACUAAUGUUCAUUUUCAUUUUCAUUUUCAUUCUAUAAUUAAAUUUUACAUCUCUUGAUUUUCCCCACGAAAAACAAAUAAAAAUGAAAACUACACCUACUAUUGUUUUGAUUCCCCUUUUCAUCUUGCUCAUUUCAAUCCAACUCCAAUCCAAAAAAUCCCCCUCAAUAAAAAUGUCAACCCAACCGGAUGCGGAUCCAAAUAACCCAUUUGAACGUCUUCACAUUAUUCAAAAUCCCAACGGUACUCUCACUCGUCUUCCUCAAUACUUUCCUACUGUCCCUCCUUCUACCACAAACUCCUCCUCUGUUUCUCUUUCCAAAGAUGUGAUUCUUAAUCCGGGAAAAAAUACAUGGGUACGGAUCUUUAUCCCUAGAAAUGUUUCGGAUAAUGGAUCCGUAUCCGAGUCAUAUUCGGGUAAGAAACUUCCCAUACUUGUAUUUGCUCAUGGUGGUGGAUUUAUCUUACAUAGUCCAGCUUCCCCUGUUUUUCACGAGUUCUGCUCCAACGCGGCGAGUCAACUCACUGCAUUAGUGAUCUCGGUUGAGUACAGACUCGCUCCUGAAACUCGGCUUCCUGGUCAGUACGACGACUUUAUAGAGGCGUUGACUUGGGUUAAAAAAGGUGAAGACGAAUGGUUGACUAAAUAUGGAGAUUUCUCUCGUUGUGUUCUGAUGGGGGAGAGUGCAGGGGGUAAUAUAGUCUAUCACGCUGGAUUAAAUGCAUCUGUUUUAAUUAAUGAUAUACAGCCGUUGAUUAUCAAAACAAUGAUUUUGAUCCAGCCUUUUUUUGGUGGAGUUAAGCGCACUGAAUCCGAGCUUCGGUUAAAAAAUGAUGAAGCUUUACCAUUAGAGAUAAAUGAUUUAUUAUGGGAUCUUGCUUUACCUAUUGGGGCGACCCGGGAUCAUGAGUAUUCUAACCCGCUUAUUGGUGGCGGGUCGAAGUUGUUAGAUCGGGUUCAUGACUUGGGUUGGCGGGUGGGUAUUGCGGGUUGUGAUGGUGACCCGUUAUUUGAUCGGAUCGUGAAGUUAGUACAAUUGUUGGAAACAAGAGGGGUGAAUGUAAAGUCCAUGUUUGAUAAAGGUGGUCGUCAUGGAAUGUAUGUGAAGGAUCCAUCUAAGACUAGGGAGUUGUUUGAAUUUGUUAAGGAUUUUUUAGUUUAAAGGAUUUAUGAUUUGAUAAUGGUUUGUAACAUCUUAAUGGUUGAUUAAUUAAUAAUUAUCUUGUUAGAUGAAUUAGUAUAAUGUGUUGUGAAAGAACUUGUCAUGCGUACAAGUGCGAUCAAUUUAUUUUAGUAAUUUUUUUGAAUAUUAUUUUAUAUUAGUAUUUUUAGUUGGUUGUGUUAG